AAUAAUAAUAUAAAUAUCAUUGGAGAUAAAUUGAUACUUGCAUUAAAAUCCCAGUAAGAGGAACGCACUUCCAGCUGAUUUGCCAUGUAAACACAUUUUGUUAUUGUACGGACCACAUGGUGCAUUGUUAUUGUUAUUAAGUUCGUAAUUUGUGUGAAGCACACAAAUAGCAUAAUUAACGCAUUCUUUUUGCGAUGCUGCUACGGAAAUGUGCCUCGGGUGGCUUUCGAGCCUUGCUCUGCCGGACAUACACCCAGAAUCAAAACCACAUUGUUGUGUAUCCGGAGAUUCGUCAAGCGCUGUCGCAAAAGCAACCAAUUGUUGCACUGGAGUCGACAAUCAUUACCCACGGAAUGCCGGUACCGCAGAAUGUGGAAACCGCACUCCAAGUAGAGGAAGUGGUGCGUCAAAACGGCGCUGUUCCAGCCACCAUUGGCAUCAUUGAUGGCUGCAUCAAAGUUGGCCUCACGCGUGAGGAGCUAAUGAAGCUGGCGCACAAACCACGGGAACAGGUAAUCAAAUGCUCUCGACGGGAUCUGCCCUAUGUGGUGGCGGCACAACAAAGUGGCGGCACUACAGUCGCCGCUACCAUGAUUGUAGCUCAUCAGGUGGGCAUUCCAAUUUUUGCCACUGGCGGCAUUGGAGGUGUGCAUCGCGAGGGUCAUGUGACGAUGGAUGUCUCAGCUGAUCUAGUCGAGUUGGGACGUACUCCUGUCGCCGUCGUCUGCAGCGGUGUCAAGUCCAUUUUGGACAUUCCUCGUACUCUCGAGUACCUGGAGACGCAGGGCGUCUGCGUCGCGAGCUACGCGAGUAUGGGUGGAGUGUUCCCCGACUUCUACACACGUGACAGUGGCUGUAAGGUACCCUAUAACUUGGAGACAGCUGCAGAUGCUGCCCGACUACUGCGUGCCUGGCGAGAGUUGAAUUUACAGUCUGGCGUCUUGAUCGGCGUCCCGAUACCCGAGGAGUUUGCUGCUGAUAAGUCGGCUAUUGAUGCUGCCAUUGAGCAGGCCAACGCAGAGGCACAGGCGCAAGGCGUUAGCGGCAAGGAGGUGACCCCUUUCCUGCUCUCGCACAUCGCAAGCAUAACAAAAGGACACAGCCUGCAGGCGAACAUUGCGUUGAUCAAGAACAACGCAGCUAUCGCGGCACAGAUUGUCUCCGCUUGGGUGGCAGGAAAUGGUCAGCAAUGUGGCGACAGCAGAGAGCCGAAGAAGAAACCUGUGGUAGUGGGUGCCUCCAUUCUGGAUCUCUCGUUUAGAGUGAAGGAUACGCAUGGCCUGCAUCUGGAUGGCGCUACAUAUAAGUCAGUAGCAAAGCAUGCAGCUGGCGGCGUGGGACGAAAUAUUGCCGAAGGCAUCUACAAGCUGUAUGGCGAGGUGAAUCUAAUCUCCGCUGUGGGCAACGAUCACUUUGCUCAGAUGCUGAGGCAGCUGAUGCCAGCUGCGUUGCAAAGCAAUCUCAUUGUGGAUAUGCAGCAUGCAACUUCACUCUGCUCAGUGAUCUUCGAUCGAUUGGGCGAUUGCAAGCUAAUCUUAGGCGAUAUGGAUGUGCAUGACAGCAUCACUACUGCAGCAUUGAAAGCCAAGUCCGAGUUGUUCAGCCAGGCGCCACUCAUCGUCAUGGAUAGCAAUCUCUCGGAGCAGGCCAUGUCGAGUACUUUGCAACUGGCUCAACAAUUCCAGGUGCCUGUGUUCUUUGAGCCCACCGAUAUGUUUAUAGCUGGCAAGCCAUUUAAGCUGCCAGCUGAGCUGACUCAGCACAUACGCCUUCUUAAGCCAAAUUUGCACGAGUUGAAGACCAUUGUGGAGGCAAUUACUGGGCAGCCUGUGAAACACCAACCGAACACGAAGCAGGAGCAAUCGGAACUGCUGAAGCAGACUAAAGGGCUGCUGCGACAGAUCGACACGCGCUUCAACUGCAUCAUUGCCACGUUGGGCAACCACGGUGUGCUGCUUAGCAUACGUUCAGAUGCUGAAACCGAUCCCAGCAAGCUGCUCUCACUCUCGCCCAGCGGUGAGCACACAACGCUCUUCUACGCACCGCCUAAGCUGCAGCAUAUUGUCAAUGUCUCCGGUGCAGGCGACAGUUUUUGUGCCGGCUUUAUCACAGCGCUGCUGAAGCAGUGCCACACGCUGGACGAAUGCGUGGCCACUGGAUUCGCAUCUGCAGAGCGAGCGCUGCUGUCAGAGUCCGCAGUGCCAGACAGUUAUAUUAAAGAAGGCGACAACUUUGAGAGUUACUUCCAGCAGAUUGAAGAAAAGAUGCAGCGAAAGCGCAUUUAG